GAUUGUACGAGACGUUCGUUUCGAGUGUAAACAUGUCGGAUUAAGGUUAACAACUGAACUGUCAUCACAGUAUUAAUUCAAACUUUGUUUCAGCGAAUGGACUUUCAAGCUGCAUGAUUUCGAUAUACGAACCUACAAUGUAAGCAUAAGCAUUGUUAAUGUACCAGCAGAAAAUGGAUGGGGUGUAUUCCAGUGACAAAUCUAUAAACUAACCUGACUUAGCCGUGUACAUCAGCUGUGAAGAUGAUGGUCAGUCGGUACCAACCGAUCCUGUACCUGCAGUACCUGCUGCUGUUGGUGGAUCUGGUUCUCAACUCCUUCACAGAGAUGCUCAGAUUUGAGAAUGUAAUCCUGCUCAUCAUGUUUGUUAUUCAAGACAUCUGCAUCCUGUUCGCGGUUAUUGUGGUAUUCCUCUUGUUCUUCAAUACAUACAUCUUCCAAGCAGGCCUUGUGAAUAUCCUAGUCAACAAGUUUCGUUUGCCUAUCUGCGUGACCUUCAUCUACUUCAUGCUGAAUGUAGGGCUGCAUGUCUGGGGAAUGGUAUUGUUUGACUCCCAGACCUUGAGGUGGGACGACCCUGACAAGUAUAUCUGGGAUGUUACAGGGUAUCGGGUCCUCUUCAUCAUUCAGAGAACUGUGGCCAUCCUCUACUACUACUUCUACAAGAGAACGGCGCUGAAGCUAGGUGACCCAAGGUUCUACCAGGACUCAGAAUGGAUCCGCCGGGAGUUCGAGAAAAGGAGAUAGUGGCAGUGUGGCUAUAACUUACCGAGUCUUGUCCACCUAGAUAGAAAACAAAUGAUGUUUCCAUUAUGACUUGUAAGGAAGUGUGAUGUCAUCAUUCUGUCCAUGAUGGCGACAAAGAGAAUCGCUGCCUAAAACCUCAGAAUUAUAAGAAUGGCUUCAGGAAUUGGUAGAUGUAUCAUCUUGACAGAGAAACAUGAAUUCUUGUCAAACUUCCGUAGCAUUUGAUAUUUCUGAUGCACUGAGAUAUUUUGAUGAGAAAUGAUUUAGUUGCUCUCUGUGACACUGUCAAGGUCAAAAGCAGAUGUUCUGCUUGAUGUUAUGACAUCCUUCAGUGUUGAGUACAUUACAUAUGUAAUGAGAUAGUUAUACUGGAAUAGAACAGAUGAAGACAAAUUAUUCUGUAUAAGUCCCAUGGUCACAAGUGAUUGCACAAGAUCUAUAUCCGUCCACUAUAGAUGUAUCUUAGCCUGACCUGAUAUCCAAAUGGGUACUUAAUGUACUGUGUAUGGUAGAGACAUCAUCAAAAUGGUAGGAUUAUUUUGUAACUCCUACAAUAGUUAUAUAUAUGUGUCUUGUUGGUCUAGAAAAAGUGUCUUGUUGGUCUAGAAAAAGUAUCGGAGCCAUAGAAAGCUGUCUUAUGAUAUGAAUCUUGAGGCAAAAUUAUUUCAUUUCAUAAAAUGCUCUCAGUGAUCUGUAUAUCUGACCAUAUCAAAAUCUGUGAAUACCUUAUUGUUUGUAAAUAAACUUUUAUACUGAAUGAA